UUUUUUUUUUUCAUACCAUUCGUAAGCAAAGCAAAAGUAUAAUGGGUAAGCAAAAGUGUGUGUUCGCUACUCCAAGGAUGCACCCUGGUCCUUGUGUUCAGAUAUACCAGAAAGUCAAGACCUGGCAAUCAGAUGGAGGAGAAGGUAAUGCCACAGACUGUUGAUGGUGAGAUUGGUAAAAUUUUCUUUACUGUGUUAUUCUGGUUUCUGUAAUUAUUUGUCACAUUUAGAAGAGAGCAGCACAAAUCAAUGAUUCUUUCAGUGUAGUCUGACAUGUUGAAUGCUCGAAUCAAUGAGUCUUCACUCUUCAUGACCAAAUUCUCAUGUAAUAGUAUAAUUUAGUGGUUAUACUUUUUGGGAUUCAGGGAGUAUUGUAUUAUUUUAGGGUUAGUCAAGCGUUCAGUUUUAUUGUUUGCUCAUGUGUAUCCAGGGAUGCAAUUUGGUAUUUUAGUUAAAUUGAUUCUACUUGAGAUUUGCAGGAGUCUGUAAACUGUUUUUCUCGUGUUUAGUUUAUUUAUUAGAAACUCUUUUUGUUUUCCCUUUUCGAAUACUAGUCUCACUGUUAAUUAAUGGUUUCUGUGAUCAAAUCUGAAACCAAGAGUGCUGGGGCAAAGCAGAUGUGGGAUAGAUGAUGAUGAUGAGAUGCGAGACAAGAAUGAAGGUAUGACAAGAGAUUGCCUGAAACUUGCUGAGGAUAUACUUUCAAUAUUUUCUGAAGGUGACAACAGGGGCAGGGAGCACAAGCUUUCAAUAUUUGCUGAGGAUAUACUCUCAAUACGAGAUACUGCUCUUGCUAAUGACGCCCUAAGUCGUUUCCUAAAAGAGUUCAUCCUUGUCGAGGAACUUUUGGGGGAAGGGAACGUACAAGUCUUGGUUUCCACUGCAACCCUUGCUAAGGGGGUUUGGUUCAAACUUGUGCAGAAUGAAUUUGAGGUUUAUGCACCUUGGGAUAUGGAUACUUAAGUGAUUUCCAUCCUCAUCUUUUUCUUCUUAAUCUUUGCAUAUACUGGAUUUGGAAAACGAUCAAGGAGUUUAUGGUUCAGAUGUUUUGUUUGAGGUCAAAUUAGUACAGUUACCUUUUGGUUUGGGU